GUAUUUACCAUUUGGGUGUUUGGUUACAAUAUGAAUAGUAAACCAAUAUUAACAAUGAGGAUAUCAUAUUUAUGUUUGAUGGCGAUCGUUGCGGUUAUUCUCGAAGGUAAAUGGACGAGUGCGGCUCCUAGUCCCCAAACUGAAGAUGUUCUGAAGACUUUACAACAGUUGGAUAGGUUAUAUUCCGCAGUUGCGAGACCUAGUGUGCGCAGUGGACCAUCAGCCUCAACUAGUAUGUCACCAAAAGUCCAACGCGCUAUCAACAUGCUUAGACUGCAGCAUCUAGACAAAUUGUAUGCUGAUAGGUCAAGACCAAGAUUUGGUAAACGUGGACGAGAAGAUGUCAACUUUUUAGGUUCAGAUUAUGACCAUCAAGAAUAUCAAAGAUCUGAUGUCGUGAAUAGAAAACCUGGUGGAUUGUCUGCUCAAAAAUAUAUUUUAGAUUUGGAUCCAAUGUACCGCUAGUGAAUAAUAAUUGAAAUAAUUUAUUGACCAGUAUAUUUAAGGAAGAAAAUGUAACCGGCUAAAGUAUUUAAGACUUCAAUUCUUUUUGUUUUGUAGUUUCUGAUUAAUAUAUGUAUGUGAAUAUUACUGUGUUUCUAUGUAAAAGUAAUAAAUAUAUUUUUCUUUUCUGAAA